AUGGACUCCAAAUCUAGCCUACCAUCAAGCGAUGACAAUAACCACGAAGCAUUCACAAAGAUAUCAAUUCAUGAAGUUUCUCAGGAUCCAACAACGACGAUACCCUCCAGAACUUCUACCUAUGUCGACCGCUGGUGGCUGUGGGAGGUCUCGGCAUGGGUUGUCUCAUUUGCAGCACUUGCGUCCAUGAUCGGUAUACUCGGGGCUGUUAACAACAAACCCAUCCCGCAAUGGGGUAUCAGGAAAAACAUUCGAGGCGCCGAGUACAGUGUCUCCAUCUCCAUCAAUGCGCUACUGUCAAUCUUCGCAACUAUCAUGAAGACCGCCUUGAUUAUUCCCGUGGCUGCCAGCUUGAGUCAGCUUAAGUGGAAUUGGUUCUUGAGUGAGAAUCGGCUGUUAGAUUACCAGAAGUUUGAGGCUGCUAGUCGAGGGCCUCUCGGAUCUGUCAUUCUCAUAUGGACACUUCGUGGGAGGCGUCUUGCUUGUCUGGGAGCGUUUAUUAUUAUUGCUGCCCUAGCUCUCGAUUUCGGUUUCCAGCAAUUGGUUAGCUAUCCCGUACAACCAACUAAUACCUCACAAACUGCUCAGAUACCGAUCUCGACGUAUUACGAUAAAGCUUUGGUUCCAACAGUGAACGGGACCAUUGUCGCCAGCAGAGCAACAGGCCCGGAACAAUCGGUUCUUGGCGACAUAUAUACCGGGACUUUCAACUACAAUGGUACAUUCUUGUCGACUCCUACUUGCGAAACAGGAAACUGCACGUGGUCAGAGCUGUACAACUCUCUAGGCAUGUGUGGACAAUGUGCAGACGUCUCGACCAGCCUUCAAAAGACAUGUGGUAGCUACAUGGGCACCGUCGGCGUGAGCCAGAUGGACGACACGGCCGGCUUCCUAACUACCGUGCCGGCCAAUACCACACUUCCUUACUGUACCUAUUCGUUACCCAAUGGGCUAUCGAUCUCAUCACAGUCGAUGUCAUAUGAUUAUUAUGGCAGCUACACGUACCUGAAUGUGUCGAGUAGCAGCUUGAAUGUAUCCGCCUUUGGCAACAUUGGUAACACUGUAUCAGUCCUCAGCAUGCUGCGCCCCGAGUGGGUUCCAAAAUUUGUCAACGGCACAGAAAAUCCCAAGCUCUCAGUUUCUCAGGAUACGUACGGGUGGAUCAAAUCAGUGGAGGCUACCCAAUGUUCGAUGUAUUUCUGUGUCAAGGAAUUCAAUGGAACUGUCAGCCAGGGAAAGUUCACAGAAAUGGUCGUCGGUACAGUUCAGAAUGAUACGGCGUCCUCGAUUUACGCGAUCGACCAAAACAAUCUCUUCGACGUACCCUCCUUGAAUUUGACCAUCAAUGUCCAAAACCGAAGCCAAAGCUCAAAUUUCAAUAUCUCUGGUUAUGCCUAUCAGGGUAUGUCCAUUCCAUUCGAUACAUGGUGGGACGGGAACACUACUGGCAAUAUCAAUGCCAUGGUGGCCAAUAGCAACAUCAAGGAAUAUUCCUCGUACCUUAUACAGUUGCUUGACGGCCUGGACAGCAACAGCCUCAACAGAACGAUCGAAAACAUCGCAGUGUCCAUCACUAACAACAUUCGCACUGCAUCGAACGAGUUCGUGGCAGGCCAAACUGUUUUGUGGACUCCUGUUGUCGUGGUGGUCUGGCGUUGGCUGGCCCUGCCCGUGUCGCUCCUCGUCCUUGCCCUCGUGUUCCUUCUCUGUACGAUUGUCAUUUCCUCCAAAGAAGACGCCAAGUUGUGGAAAGGAAAUAGCCUCACGAGCUUCUACCACCCGCUAAGUAGCGAAGGCAGGCACCAGCUCGUCCCUGUUGAGAAUCCAAGGCAGAUGGAGGAAGUAGCCCAGAACCUUCGGGUACGCUGGAUGCAAACCGAGAAGGGUUGGAGGCUAGUGCCAGGGUCCCAACCGGAAAGAGUAGUGUAG